CAAUUCCGUAUUACUAUGGCGGCGCCCUACGCUCUGCAGAUAGGCGCUAUUAGAAGUUUCAACCAGAGCAGAUCGUGUAUCGUUAAGAUGCAGUCCUCUUUUACCCAAUCAGUGACUGUUGAUCAUUCAUAUGCGCUCCAUCCGGAGGCCUGGAUUCCCACAUUAUUGGAUAUUGAACAUCGAUAUGCACGUCCACCAAACGUCUCUGAAGGGACUACAGACUGUUCUGACACAGAUCCUCCCACAGAGUCGCCCAAUACCCCAACAGUUACUGCAGAGUCUCUUCUGUCGCCCUCAACUACAAUCUCAGAACCUCCCAGGUCCCCUUCUCCUUCACAUACAGAAAAGGCCUCUCUUACAUACCAGAAUGCAACAACUGUGAAACGUAAAACUUCCCGUGUGAACUGUCCUCACUGCUCCAUUGAGCUCCUCAAGCGGAAUUUAGUUUUACAUAUUCAGAGAAAACAUGGGGGGCCAAAAGACAUCACAGCGGCACAUCACCUGAAAAGUGUUCUUGUUGAUAAAAGUCGCGGGCUGUACGCCGUCAGGAAAACCUCUUGUGGUUUCAGUGUCCCGGUACAUGUGCAACGAAAAACCUGGGGCCUUCAGCAUGUAACAAAAUGUGAGAUGGAGGCAUGUGGGCAGUAUCACCUGCUUGCCCUGCAGAGUGGCCUUUCUCACAGCUUGUGUGAUCAUAUUCGCUCUAUUGAUUAUUGCAAUAUGAUCGCAGCCGAGGAACAGCUCCAACACAAAGUGCUUGAGGAAAUGCUGGAAGAAAAUAUUUUUGAUGAGCCUGUGGCAGCUGUUUGCAGAAAGAGGCAAAGUGAAGCCGAGGAGGCUCAUCUGCCAUUCUCUGUGUUGGUGGAUCUUGGUAAUUCACAAAAUAAAAUAUGCCUCUCAAUUAAUGAGGCAAAAUUAGAUCGCUAUAACUCAUUAGGUAGAGUCAUAGUGACCUACAACAUUGAAAAAAAGUCGUGGCAUUGCCCCUGUGCCAAGUCAUGUACAUCUUGCCCUCACAAAGACAUUGCCAUGUGGCAUCUUUUUCAAACUCACAGAGAACUCUUUCUGACUGCACCGCCAACCGCAGCGUCAGCAGUGACUGCUCCCUGCCUUGACCAUCUCCACACUGCAGAGAUGGAACGAUCUGUUAGGUAUAUCUAUGAGAACAAAACAAUACCUGCUGAUCUUCCUGAGAGUGUCACGGCUCCAAGAGCGUUGACGGACUACCCUCAUCAGCUGAUUCCGGCAGAAACCGCAUGCAAGCUGUGUCCGGGAAGUCCAGAACUCGGGGAGGCCAUCCAAAUCACGGACAGUGCCAAAAUCGUUGGCAUGGAUGGUGUAAUCCCAAGUAAGUGAUAUCGCAACUUACAAUCGAAGGUGUACGGAGUGCAGGAUGGUGUACCGGUACCAGGAGUGGACGGAUGGUCUGCAUAAUUUCAAUGACAGGGUCAUCCUUACUCUGCAGCUUUGCUUGUACCUGAGGGAUAAUCUGCAGAAUCAUGUCUCUGUCUCUCAAGUCAUCAACUCUCUGGAAUCUUUGUUCAAAAAGACAUUUCCCUCACCCGACCCCAUUCUUGAAGGGUACUGCCAGUUUGAAGCACUUUGUAAAACAGGGUACAAAUACUCCUGUAUUAACUUCGGCUUUUAUCGUCCUGCUGUGACGGACCACCACAGAACAGGAGAAUCCUCCUUCGAGGUGAGUGAAGAACAACAACCAAAUGAUGAAUAUAAUGAAAAAAACACUGAAGAAUCUGUUCAUCUUCAUAUGAUCAGCAGAGGAUUUUCAGAAGACUCUUCACACAACCCUUUUAUUGUUCACCCGCAUUACGAGAACUGGGCCACCUGGAGUGGAAGGGAGACUCUCAGGAGCAGCACGGAGUUACAGAAAGAGCCACAGCAGCCGUACCCUGCCCACUCAGGGCUUGCAGAAUGCACAAAGGAGCACUUGGUAAAUGAGCUGCUGAACCAGAAGGUAGCCACUCUCCGAAAGCUCUGUAAAUCCUGCAAUGUGGACACUAAGGGGUCUCGUAUGGAUCUCAUUAACCGGCUGAGGGAGGAGAUGAAGAGCAGGCCGGUCUUUGAUCAGGCUUUUCAAUCAGACCUGCUGCAGUAACUCUUGUUUGGAGACACCGAUGGCCUCCCCACCCUGAAGACUCCAUUCUGCUUGAAGCAGGACUUGAGUCUGUGACCUGCUGUCCCAGGCUGUGGAUCAAGCACUUUGUGGAGCGCUGUUCUGCUGGUGUCACUUCUGCUGGUACCAUGAGAACAUUGUUAUACACCAGGAAUCUAUUUUUAUAGUGCUUCUUCUACUUAUUAAUUGAUUUGCCUGCUCCUCAUCUGCACUUUGCAUCUAUUUUAAGCAAAAGUGACCAUUUUAUUUAUUCUUUGGUGCGGUUUAACUGCCAGAACAUGUGUUUUUUGUAUGUGUGGGAAUGUGAGACAACACUGCCUUAAAAGGAAAAUAGAUUUUUUUUAAGUUCAUAUUUAUUUAUUUAUUUAUUUGUUUGUUUUGGGGGGGGGUACAUAAACACUGUGUAUGUAUCUGAAUUGGUAAAUAGGUGCUUCUUUAUUUGUGAUGAUUUUAACAGAAUAUUUGUAUUGACCAUCACUGAGAAGAUAUUUUUGGAGCAUGUUUACCUUGAAUACAUAUAGAAAUAGACUCAAAGCAGACUUUGCGUGUCUUCUAUAUUCUUAUGGGAUGCAUGUAUUUAUAAAUAUAUAUUUUUUGUUUCAGAUGAAGGUUGAUGGUUCAAAUAAAGAAAGUGUUUCAAAUUUUCAAAACUCAGGAAAAACUACCUAAACUAGUUUGACUGAAAUGAAUCUCUGUUUCCCUGCUGUAUUGCUUGAUUAUGUAUUCUCAGCUCCUCAAAUCUGAUCAAAAAUCGAUAAGUAUUUAGAAUUUUCCUAUCAGUCCUGAAGGGUAAACAAAGCAAAAGCGCUGGAGUUAUUUCUGCUAAUUAUGUGUAAAGACAGGGUGCACCCUGGACAGGUCACCAUUCCAUCACAGGGCAAACGCCAUACUCGCCUGUAUGGACUAUUUGACAGUAUAUAUGUUGUGGGAGCAGCACACAGCCUUUCUGUCAGUCACAGAACACCCUGGAGUCAACACACACUGCCAGACAAUCUCCUGCUCACUGCGAUCUCGUUUGGAAAGUUGACUGAGCCGAUAGAAAAAGCUGGGAAGUGUCCCAAAGUCAUUUUAAGCUGCAGGGACCCCUCAGAGAAAGCUGAAUGUGUGGGAGCAACGUGGCUUUGAGGAAACGCCAGAUUCAAGUUUCACAGUAAAUUAACAAUUUCUACAUGGCGGAGCUUCCAGUUUAAUACUAUUUAAAUGUUUUGCAGAUACUUUUUUAUGCAAUGCAGAGCAUCUCUGAUAGGAGAGAAACAAAUCGCUCUUGAAUUAUUUUAACCGUAAAUGUAUGAAUUUAGAGAUGAAGCCAAAAUGAACAGGUGGCGUCACAAAGAGAACUCUGUGUUGUAAAAUACAAUUGAGAAUCUUACAGUAAAAAUGACGUGCUUGUUUAUGCCUAUUCUUCCUUCAUUUCAUCUUCAUCUUGGCAGAGAGAAGAGGAUGAGGAAAAAGUGUGGAUUCAGAAUUGCACUCAUUUUCCCACCUAAAGAAACCAGUGAAUGAUGGCGCAUAUUCCAGACCAGAGGCCUGGUCAACGCCAAAGCAGAAAUGGGCAUAGAAUAAAGUAAAGAGUAAUAUUGAAUAAAAAUGAAAGGUAAUCUAAAACAUAAUGUUCUGAAGUGAUUGAAAGUGUUCAGUUGUUCCUCAUCCCAACUCUAGAUGACGCUGUGACUCUGUCGUCCACUGAAUCUGCAGCUGCUGCCUUUUGUCUCCUGCACUUUGUUACUCUUUGUACAUCAGGGAGGAUAUUUGUUCAUUUUAUUAAAAACAGUUUCCAACAGUGUCUUUGAAGAAGGACAAGGAGGAGAACAUGAACUGCAGAGGUUCUCAAAAUUCACAUUUUGACUUUUGUACUUCACAGUAAUGCAAAGGAUACUGGAACAUUUAAAAGAUCAUUUCUGGUAUAUACAUCCUUUCAUUGGUAAAAGUGUGGAAAACAUAUUUAUUUAUAUCCCACUUCCUUAUAUAAAGAUGGUUUUGUUCUGUGUCUUAAUUCUGAGUGGUCUCCUUGUAGAAGCAGCUGCUUGGCCUCUGGGAACGCUUCAGUGUCUUUUCAUCAUGCACAUCUUUGUCUCUUCAGCUCAAAUUUAUU